CUUAGUCGUAUUUCGGUUCUGAAGCUAUGACAACUUCUUAGUUUGAAUCAAGUACUACUAAUCUUUGAAUCCCCGAUUCAGCCGAAAUAAAAAUCUUGCUUGGUACUGCUGUCUUUUCACCAUGUAUGUAUCUCUCUAUAUGGGUAUCUGGUAUCCCUUUCUUGGAUGCUGAUACUGCCUCUAAUUCUCGUGGGUAAACUUACUGAUUACUCAGAAUUUCUUUGUCUAACUCACGGACCUAUUGUCCUCUUCUUUUUAAGAGCCCAAAAAUAGUUCCAACUCAGCUCUCUCCCUCUCUCCUCUACCGGUGCUUUUGGGUCAAGUAAGCAGCAUUCUGCUUGCUGAACAGGUUUGCAAUCUAACGUCAGUAUAAGAUGGCAAUCAUUUCUGGACUAGUGUCUGAAUGUCCAGACAUGCUUCAUCCUAAACUAUCAUACACGAGUUGGAGAUCUGAUGGGAACAGAUUUAAAGAUCAGAAUGCCAUUCAAUUGGUAUCUGCAAGGAUUCCUAAUCGAAGGAUUCAGCAUGUCGAUAAAGAGGAGUUUGGCACCUUAUAUACUCCAUCUGUUGGAAGAAAUCAUUAUCAGUUGAGCUUUGAUGAUGGCUUUCCUAAGGAGCCUUUUGGGUGAACCAGAUGAAGGAAGCUUUCUGGGCUUUGAAGUCUUUGUCCUUAUUUCUUGUUGAGCAGCGCAGUCAACCAAAGUACAUAGAGUGGCCAAGCUUCCAUAGAACAGUUAGUCUCCAUUUUCAUUUUACUUGCUGUAAUGUAAAAAAUUAUGUGUUCUACUGGUCCUUGUAGAUAAAUAAAACCAGAAUUGCUGGGACCAGCAUCAAUAAUGGCCUAAUUUUAUUCUCACCUUUUCCAGUUGGUCCUGUCCCUCAUUUUUCCAAAUAGAUACCAAGAAGGUUUAUUCUUUAUUUGGGUUGUGUUUUUCUUCCUUUUAUUUUGUUCAACUGUGGAGUGAUCUUUGCUGGAAGUUAUGCAAUUACCACUGGCAUUUAUAAAUUUACUUGCCCCUUAUGAUUGCAUAGUUCUGAGCUUAUUCUUUCUCCAGACUAGCUCUUUCUCUUUCUUGUCAAACUUCUCCUGAAGGAUCUUCAAUUCAAAUUUGAGAAUAGAGCUUUCUUGACCACCGAAGUCUAUUACAUCCUUAGGUUGUGUGUCUACCCAAACAUUGUUAUUAUCAUAGAUUGGGUCCCUUUUGGUACCCACUUUGAUUCCAAGGCUUACUUGGAAAUCCUUUUUUGGCUAUGUUUCAAACACUAAGGUGUUUGAUAAGCUCUAUCAUGAUCCAUGCUUUCUUGACUGCAUUCCCUGAUGGUUCUUGUCUUGAUGAUUAGCUCUCUCCUCCCUAGGAUUACUUGAAAGCUUUUCAGCAUCCUGUGAAGAAGCUAAGUAUUGCACUAGCACAUGUAUGCUCACUAUGUUUUCAUGUAGAUUGGUGAAACCCCAAAGCAUUGAACCAUAAAGAAGAUACUUAGUGUAGUCUAGCUAAAGUUACCAGUAGAUGGAUUAAACACUAAUGAAGACAGUAAGCUGAUCUCUCUCUCUCUCGUAGCUGAAGACAGCUAACCUAACUCUUGUUCUUGUGGGACUGCUGAUUAUUGCACUAUCCUCAGUUGACUCAGCCCUGUGUUAUCUUUUGGUUUUGCUUUCGAGGAGAGCUGCAUGAUUGGUUGAUGCUCUGGAAAGAGUUGCUUGUAACUCAUGGUCCAGGUCAAAGCUUGUAGAUGAUCUUCACAGAAUGUCUCAGUCUGCAGGAUGAGCAGAAUUAACCUUAGAGCUUGUUUUUCUUCCCUAUAUCACUUUUUCUCUUUUCUCUGGGUGUUAUAGGGAUAGAGGAAGAGUAGCAGAGGUAGGUAUUUAGCAAGCCCUUUGGCCAGGAUUGCUCUUCCAAUUAUUUACUAGAAAGCAUGGAUAUCAAAGUGGUGGGAGCGUUACUACUAGAAGUAAGCAUUUAAUAUCACAUUCUCAAUCAAAGUUGCUGCUCAAAAGUUUAUGCGGAGAUGUUUUGUGGUGAGGAAUGGUGAAAUCAUCUUCGACAUUGGAGGAGCUCUGAAAGUGAUCUGCAAAUGCAGCGGAAUUCAGUUUUGAUGAUGAUGUUUGUAUAGUGCACGUUCAUGUUUUAUAUUAUUAUACAUUCCGAGUAUUUUUCGUUAGAGAAGUUCUACCAUAAUUA